UUGCGCGAUGCGGUGGAACUGGAAGACCGGGGAGUGCGGACGGUGGUGGUGCACACCAGGGCAUUUCGGUCGGCGGCCGAGCAGCAUAUCCUGUCGCUGGGCCGACCCGACUACCUGGGGUCGGUGUACCUCCAGCAUCCGGUGGCGGCCCUCGACACUGCGGCCAUUGAGUCGCGGGUUGACGCUGUGGCUCCGGAGAUCGUGGCGGCGCUGUUGGGACACGACCGCGAAGCCUAG